GAUGAACUAGAAUCAUUCCUAGUGCCAUACAUUUAUUUGGAAACUGUCCAGUAUUUCUUUUUCUUCGUACCUAGGAUUCAUGUCCAAAAAUGAUUAGAAAAACACUUUAUGUACUGUGCUUGAUGUCGGCAUACAACAGACUUGGAUUGGGGACAGAACAGUGCGUGAUAGUCCCAGUUCUACACAUGGACGCGGCAAACAAAAUUUGGAAUUUCCUGAAGGUCAACGACAAACUGAUAAAGAGUGACGUAAUAAUUGGUCUCGGAAGUCACGAUCCCCGCGUUGCGAUGGAAACAGCAAUGCUAUGGCUAGAAGGAUGGGCUGAUGUAGUCGUUUUCUCCGGGCACUCUGGUAACUUGACGGAUGGACGAUGGAACCAGUCAGAGGCUGAAGUUUUCCGUGAUAUUGCAGUCUCCAUGGGUGUACCUUCAUGCAAAAUAUACACUGAAAUUAGAAGUCGAAACACGGGUGAAAAUAUUCGUUUUUCGUACGAGCUGCUGAAAACAAGAUACCGAAUCCCUCAACGAAUAAUACUCGUACAGAAACCUCAUAUGGGCAAACGAACUGUCGCGACAUUUUGGAAACAGUGGCCACAACAAUCGAACACACUGACACUUUCAUUGGUUGUUAGGACGCUGAAGAUAGCCCUCGAACGCUAUCCUACCGAUGACGUUGGGGAUCUGAGUGAUGUAAUUUCCGUUAUGAUGGGAUAUUUACAGCGUCUUCCCCUUUACUGUGAACUUGGUUUUCAGACUUGUGUUCACAUUCCUGUUGAUGUAUGGGAAUCUUUUAAAUUCUUGCAACAGACGAACAUGUAUAAUUCAUACUUUAUUUAAUGAUGAUAUAUUAAAUGUUUGUUCCUA